AUGGUCCGCCUCUUUAAGAAGAGUAACGAGGAGAGCAGCUCCUCAGCGACUGAGAAUAACAGCAAUGGAAAGGAGUCCUGGUCGACUAAGAUGAAGUCGGCCUUCUGUUGUGGCGGCUCAAGCCACGCUGUAAAGGACCCUAAGCUGAUACAGCAUUCGCAAAGUAGACGAUCGAGAGGUUCUAUUGAG